GAGACCCUAGCCCUGAGGUGAACUGUUGUGGCGUGUGGUCCCAAAGAUUCCAGAACUGAGGCCCUCUGUCCGUCUGCCCAGACCCCAGAGAAACCGAUGGGGAUCCCGGUGAGGACGUCGAUGCUGUGGCUGGUCACCUUCUUGGCCUUGGCCUCGUGCUGCUUUGCUGCUUACCGCCCCAGUGAGACCCUCUGCGGCGGGGAGUUGGUAGACACCUUGCAGUUCGUUUGUGGUGACCGCGGCUUCUACUUCAGCCGACCUGUCAGCCGUUACAGUCACCGUCGUACCAGGGGCAUCGUGGAAGAAUGCUGUUUCCAACGCUGCAGCCUGGCCCUCCUGGAGACCUACUGUGCCACCCCCGCCAAGUCUGAGAGAGACGUGUCGGCCCCUCUGGCCGGACUCUCGGACCAAUCCCAAUUACUCGUGGGCAAAUUCUUCCAACACGACAGCUGGAAACAGCCUGCCGGACGGCUGCGCAGGGGCCUGCCUGGUCUCCUGGUCGGCCUGGGCAAGAUGCUCCACCGGGAAGUGACCCAGGCGCUCAGGGAGACGCGCCACCCAGCCGUCCCUGUCACCGUUCCAGUCCGGGAACCUGCGGAAGACCCUGCCCGCGCGGAGCCCCCGACCCCGACCGCCCUUGAGAAGUGAGACAAACAGUAGCCUUCUGCGGACCACACCAUCGUCCUCCACCUCCUCUUGACCAUGGCCUGUCCAUCAAGGCCACCUCCAAAUCCCCUGGGCCAUCUCCCCCCUGCGGGUCCCUCUAUCCCAACCCCACUGCCCCAGCCCCCCCAGCCAGGCUGCUACCAACCAGCCCCUUCACCGGCUGGAUCGUAACAUCUGGAAAA